CUCUUAGAGCUGUGAUCACUACUUCCCACCACCACCAAUCUCAUUCUCUCUUGCUCCAAAAGUUUCAUUUCUCUUCUUCAUCAUCUCUCUUUCUCUCUACAGAAAUUAAAAAAACAGAAAUGAGCUCAAUGAUGAAAACUCUCCAGAUUCGCAAACCUACUUCUCUCCCCGUCUCUCAACGCCUUAGUAGUCCCACUAAAGAUGACCAGCCUGGUGUUAUACGCCGUCGUCUCUCUUCUCUCUCACUCAAUCUCCUAAACCAACCAUCAGAGAUCGCAUCUCGGUUCCCCAAGUCCAAAUCCGUUUCAGAUAUGGGAAAGCAAGUAGGAAGCUCGGCCAAAGAAUGGUGGGAGUGGGGCUGGUCAUGGAUCCUCUCGAGGAAACCCAUUUUCAUCAGAGAUCUCGAGCUUAGCAGAGAGGAAGCUAAAACAAUUGGUUCUCACAACAAAGGAAGCAUAAUGCACGUCUUCUUCAAGCUCCGUUCUCAGAUCCGCACUCUCAUGGGAUCUUCUUCCGACACUCUUCCUCUUUCAUGCAAACAGAAGCGUCAACGAUGAUGAUGAUUCUCUGUUUUGUCAUUUGUCUCAAAGAAUAUUAUUCGUUUCCAUUUUGUUGAAUUGGAGGUAUAAUCAAAAUCAUAUACAAGCGAAGCGAUGUGUUCAUUUUUAAAAAUGAUGAUGUAUUUUGUUGCUAUAAUUAAUUUGCCUAGUUUUUUUUAAAAGAAAAUAUUUCAUUAGUUUGGUUUGUUUUACAUGUUGUUUGUGCAGUUGUAUUUUUGUAUUUAAUAACCAUGCAAUUAUGUAAAAAUCUGUUAUUUUGUUUGUUA